GAGCAAUAAAGUGCUGCAAAGUAUCCGGGUAUAAUAGAUCAAAUUUACCGGAUAUUAUAUAAAAACAGCUAGUUGUUCUUAAUACGUUAUCAUAUAGAUUGUCUCUUUAGUAGCAGCGAUCGAAGGUAGUCAAAAUUGGCAAGAUGCUGAAGUACACAGUUCUGAGUUGCCUUAUAGCCGUUUCUUUUGCUGGUCAUGUAGCACAUGUAGCACCUGUUGUCCACACUUCAGUUCAUAGUGUUGAGGUCCCUGUAGCGGCCGUCACCAGAACCAACCAUGGAGUUAGCAGUCAGUCUAGGGUGGAUCACGCAGUUCCGAUCGUUGCACCAGUUGUAGCAUCUGUCCACGUCGCUCCGGUUCACCAUGUAGCACCAGUCCAUGGAGGAUAUGGAGGAGGAUAUGGAGGUGGUGCAGGAGGUGCUGGAGCAGGAGGAUACGGAUACGGGGGCUAUGGAUAUGGGGGCUAUGGAUAUGGUGGUUAUGGACGCUGAAUAUCGACAGCCUAAUAUUUUUAAUUAUAAGAAUUGUGAAUAAAAGAGUAUGUAAUGAA